UCACUCUCAAUCGACCCCUCUCUCUCUCUCUCUCUCACUCUCUCGUACCUAAAAUCCCUUCCCAAAAGCCGCUUCCUCUUCCAUACCCACACAAAACCCUUCCUCUUCCACCACCAAAGACCGGUGGUGCCCUCCUAUCAACCGCACGCAAAGCCCUUCUCCUCCUCCGAAUCAAUCGAAGGCAAUGGCGGCGAGCGCGGCCUCUGAGGUGUCGGAAGGUCCAGUCCUGAGCCUGUUGAACAAGCGCAUCCGAAACCUGCGCAAAAAGUUCAACCGCAUCAGCCAGAUGGAGGAGGCCAUCGCGCAGGGAAAGCUCAUCAAAAAGGAGCAGGAGGAGGUCCUCCGCUCCAAGCCCGCCGUCACCGUACUCAUUGACGAGCUCGAGAAGCUCCGCCAGCCCCUCUCCCAGGCCGUCUCUGAGGAGCUCUCCCUCGCCGCCCAGAAUCACCAGCUCUCCUCCGACUCCGCCCCCGCUAACGAUCAUCCCCAAACCCCCGAAGACAACCACCACGACGAGCGCAACAACGACCGACCCGACCUAGGCGCUGCGGAGGAUCUCCUCAAUCUGCUUUACUUCGGCUCGCUCUUCGACGUCAAGCCGCAGAGCGAUUUCACGGCGACCAUGCUGGCGAGGACGCACGAGCGCGGGUGCUGCCUGACCUACGAUUACGUCACCGACGACGCCACCACCGAUCUACUCGGAGAGCGGGACUUAGACUUGAUUUCGACGCUCGGCGGGUUGUUGAUUUCGCGACCGGUGGAUUCGAGCUUGUCGCACAAGAACGCCUUGCAGCGCUGCAUUGAGCACGCCGAACUUUGGCUCGCCAACGCCGACCGGCCCAUUGAGCCCAAUUCCAACGUUACCUAUGCGAGUUUGAGAGAGAGGUUGAAUAAGAUAAUGGCUUCGGACUAUUUCACCACCACACCGGAGAUGAAAGCUCCGGUGGAAGUUGCUGCUGCUGGAAACUAUGCUUCUUUCCAGCAGAUACCCAUUACAGGGCCCACCCAAGUGGAAGGUUCGGUUGCACAGUUCCAGCACACGGAGCAAGAUGCAGAAAAUUUUCAAGGUUAUGAAACUGGCGAUAAUGAAUCUAGUCCUGUGGAUGAACUUCAAAAGGAUGAAGUAGAGACAGAAAAUGCUGCAGAGGCCGUCUCAGUUCAACAAGAACAGAUCAAAGCACAGGCAGAACUGGAGCAGGAGCAUGAUGAGAUAGAUCCACAGUCAAAGGCACAACAAUACAUUCCCAGAAGGACCUAUCAGAACCAAAGAGGUGGUCGUGGUGGUGGUGGUGGUGGAGGUGGCCGUAGGGGUUAUUCCAAUGGCCGUGGAGGACGAGGCAGUGGCAGGGGAAAUGGAUCCUAUCAAAAUGGUCGCAACCAGUAUUACGAGCAGCCGGGAAAUUAUUAUCCAAAGAACUUUUAUAACAAUAGGGGAAGGGGUGGCAGGGGUGGUGGACAGGCUUACAACAGCCAUGGUUCAGCAGUUCAAGGUGGUCAUGCCCCAGCCGAUGUUGGGGUGCAUUCAUGACAUAAUCAAUUAGGUGUUCAAUAUGGUGUUUGGUACUAGCUUUCUUUGGGAGGGCGGGUGAAAAUGUUUUCUGCUUUUGCGCAAAGCAUUGUUUUGAAUGUUGGUUGCUGUUGAUGAAUUUCACCAUCCCGGACCACACCCUUCUGUAGUUCGGUUCAUGAAGAACUUUUCAUCAGAAACCUUUGAGAAAAAAUAGUUUUGCGACAUUAUUUAUUCAAAAGUGCAGUGCCUGGAUGUUUGUUUUGCUUUU